CUGAUCGAAGCAAACAACGGAGUAGGCCUAACGUUAAAGCCAGAUGUAGUUACAACUCCCGUACUCAGAUCAAGGAUGCGAAGGAGGUGGCUGCGUGGCGCUACUUUCGGAAGCGAAAUGCUAGUAGCAAGCUUCUAGCUGGUUGUAGCAGGAGGAGCCGGCACUUAGACAAUUCAAAACAAAAACACAAAACGAAAGAUGAGACGAAUUCUAACUAGUACAGGUAACCAAAACUUAGACUCGAAGAUACUGAAAAAAAUACUUUGGGGGACGGGGUAAAUUUGCUGUGUGUACGGUAGGUAUGUUAGAACAAGAGGGACUUACUACUACGCUCAAUCUACGAUGUUGAUACAAGAAGUCCUCUACCUAGUACAACUGUUUUCUUGGUGCUCCGCGUGCCAUAACCUGGGAUAAAAAUGAGAUAAGAAAGAG